AUGCAGGUAACAAUUCCAUUGAUGAAAUUUAUUGCCGACAUGGUGCGGAAAAAUUCCAAGGGAUUGACUUUUUGUUCAUCAUCUCUUAAUGGCCCGAUACUUUUUCGAGAAGCCAGCAAGGUGAUUGUAGCUUAUGGAUCAAAUAUUGUCUCUUGCCCACCAAUUCGGAUAUUCAAUCUUAAGAAUGCAUUCCUUCGGUCGCCUACUAAAGAAGUUGACUUCCUAGCACUACUCGACUAA